GUUUUCCGGUUAGGGGUUUUACGUUACAAUCACAUGACUGUGGGUAAAAACCAGCCAAAAAACAGCCGUUGUAAAAAAAAAAAAAACCGUUGAGCAAAGGGGCGGUUGAGUUAACGUUAAUUUCCCGCACUGUGUAACCGCCGAGAGAUCAACGCUCGGCUAGCCAGCUUUUUGACAGCCGGUGAGGCAGAACAUAGACGGCUGAGAGCUAUGUUGACUCACCGUGUGGUAGUUAAUCAUUGUGCGCCUGCCGUUAACGACAAGUUAAACAAAACACCCAAGUGUAGUCCCUCACUGUCUCGCACUGAAAUAACGAAGAACACUGCUUGCCCACAGUCGUCUCACAUUUAUUUAUUUAUUUAUUUAGGAAGAGUCAAAGUUUAAAGGAAGUAUACAGAUGUUUAAUGUUAGCACCUAGUUAGCUGCAUUAAAAAUAUCUACCGUGGGCGUUAUGCGACAUCAAAACGAGGCUUAUUAGCUUUAAUAACACGAAUGUUAAAAUAUUCAUAACCUAGAGAUGAACAUUUGCAUGUUUAUUAAAUGGCAUUUCCCCUUUUGAAUCCUUCACAAUUAAUGACUGACAAUAAUUAUAUGAUAUAUACAAAAUUCAAGGUCAAAAUACAAACACUACUGGAGUAAUAUAAAAAAAUUUUUUAUUUCUGUUAACAAUUUUAAUGAGCUUUGGUAUCAAAGUAAACCUGGCUGGGAACAGCUUUAUGCUUUGUCUUUCAGAACGUAAUUUUAGUACCGGUGCGAUGUGAAAACCACACUAAGGUGGUUUUCACCAAGCCUUUUAUUUUACAGACCUACUUUUAGAAGCGGGAUUUGAAUUAUUAUUAAUACCAGACUGCACUGGUCACUGGUUGAAUACUGGUUUGUUGUUUGUAUGCGUUACAGUAAAAAAAAAAAAAAAAGUGUUUCUUUAAUUUGUGAAGUUAGACUCAUUUCCAAGCACCUACUUAAAAGAGUGCAAAUAAUGGUAGAGGGAAUUGAUUCCACUAUCUACACAAGAAAACAGGCUUAUUCCUGUAACAUACUAGUGCAUAGUAAUGUGUGUUCACCCUUGUGUACCAUACAAAAGCAGUGUCAGAUGUACGUAAAUCCCCAGUUGUAAACAGUGUCAUGGAUCCCCUGUAGGUUGAAUAACCUUUAAUAACCCAGUCACACCAACAGUAGGCACAGUUUCUGUGACUCAUUGCCUCUGUGUGAAAGAAGUAAUUACCCCUGCUUGCUGUAGUCCCUUAAUGAGCUCUUAAUUUACAGCUGUUAUUUUGUGAUUACAACAAAGGAUUGCCUGUCAAAAUAGGCUGGGAACUGAUAAACUCAAAUGUCUAUGGGAAACCCAUUUUGAACAAGAACAAGUAUACCAGUAAAGAGAAAAAGUGGAGAUCUCGGAAAUCGAUUUCAACCACACACUGGCUGUCCAGAGGCACAGGAGGAGUAGAAAGACUUGCACUCCAAUGCACUUUGGAGUCACAUCAAUAUUUUGUCAUCAGAUGUUGUCAUCAGUGAGUUGGUGGAUGUUAUCUCAGUGUAAACACUAAAACCAAUCCAGACCUGUCAUUAUAGAGUUGCAUUUCAGCCUUAGGACAGGGAGUCCACAGGUCCAGACUAAGCAAGUUAUAGUUCCCUUGAAAACGCUUGUUAGGCAGGCAGAGAAUGGGUGGAGAGUCUGUAAAAGGAGACAGAUCGAAUAGGAGGGGACAGAAAUGUCUAUGAGACCUUAAAGUUUAUGUCCAGUCAACAAACAACAGAGCUGUAGGUGAUCCUGUCCACAAUGUUGCUGAGACUAAUUAACUAAAAAUCUAGGCCUGUGGGAGAACAAAAUGUUUAACAAACAAAACAUUGAUUGAGACCUGUGGUCCAGCAAUAGUAGAUGGUAAUGACAGCAAAAUAAAAGCAUGUUUACUUUGCUGAAAGGCCCACAGCAGGGGUUUAUUGAAAGAAGGAGAUAAAUGGUUACCACUCUGGCUCACUGUUUUCCAUCAUUAAAAUCAAUACAUUCUAGUCAAUAGAUUUUUAUGAUAAUGUUCUACCAUUAGAAAAACAAUGUACUCAUGUUUAGGCUCUGUUCCUGUGUCUUUCUUAUGCCCUCUUAAUCGUUGUCUGAUUUCUUUUUUUCAGAACAGCUUAUUCAAAACAGAUGCAGACCGAACCUUCACAUGACUUCCCAGCUACUGAUUCCCACUAAAUUGAUUUUUACGGCAGCAGCGUAGUCUGCAUGAAAUUGCUUAAAAGGUUAAAAAAAAAAAAAAAAAAAAAAAAAAAAGCUGUUGCAUGAGACGGCUGUGUGGUGAGCUGAAACACCUGUUUAAACAGGACCUUUAACGUUAACUGGCGCCCUGCCCCCCACCCCCACCCCCACCCACCCGUUCAUGGCCUGUUUUGAAACCGGAGUGGUGAGUCACUCCUCGCUCGGUUUAGAAAAACAGAUCCGGCCAGGCUGUGGCCCGGCGGGGGGAUGGGAGGCCGGCGGGGGAUGAACACCGGAGGUGGACGCAGCUGGACUCCCACUUCCAAGGACCCCACAUCCUGACAACGGCUCGCCGUGUUCCCAUAGUGACCGGGGCUAAGCCGAGAGAGGAAAAAAAAAAAACACCCCCAAAAUUAACUUAUAUGCGUAUCUUUCCAGCCUAGUUAUCGUGGGUGAAGCCAAUCGAUUGGUUAUGUUCUUCAAAAAGAGAAUCAUUAUCAGUCGACUUCUUUAAAAAAUAUAAUAUUAUUUUGUCAUGGGGUAAGCCUAUUUUAAUCGCCAGUGUGCUUAUCCUUUUGUUUUUUAUACAUUUUUUUUCUUUUCCCCACUGGUAACAGGUUAAUGCAGAAAAGACAGCAUUCACAGCCAUUUUGCUAAGAAAAUAGGUACCGACAGCCUCACUAACAUACAGAACCAUGUAACUCUCUACAAGACUAUUACAACAUAUUGCAUAAACUAUGAUAAACAACGUACAAAUGACGACCACUGUAUGCGCACAAAUACUGUUCAGCUGUAUUCAUGUAUAUUAGUAUUUGAUCAGGAACCCACUACAGAAUUGCUCUUCUUCACCAAAAUCAUAUUCAACCGCCCCCCUCUUCUUUUCCCGCCAAAAGGCCUUUAGGGCUCGGGGGUGGGGGUUCGAUUUCUGCCCUUUUCUGAUAGGACGAAUCAAUGUCUCCGUGACGACCGUUGCUGUGGACAACGGGGGAUGCUGGGGUGCUGCAGCAACAGCCGAAUGCCAUGCGCAAUGCACCACUCUUUGAUCCACAAAAGAAAAGGCCCGCUUUGAAAAGACCCACUUGAAGUCUUUCAGACUGAAAGCGGAUAUGUGCUACAGAAAGCCAGUCAAAGAAAUUAAACACGGCACGGUUCAAAAUCUUUGAAAUAUAAUGGCAGUAACAACACGCAUGGGCAUGGGACAUGCCAACAUUGCAGUUUACACAUUGCCCGCCAGAUGGUGGCAUCGUAUCCUAAAUAAAAUCGAAGUCUACAGGAACCAGGAAAGAAAUAUUAAACAUUAAGGCGUUUCUUUUCAGAAACAGGGGAAGUUGAGCUUGAUAUAAUCUCCUUUGCUGUGUCACGUCUAGAAAAAAAAUUCCACCGCCGUCAAGCCUCAAGCAGAGUUCCUGAAUUAGUUCCUGUCCUGGGAAUUUUAUCGAUAAAGUUUGAAUUUGAACCGUCUCCCACUGCUGUAAAGAUGGCGGCCGAUCAAACAGUGCAAGAAGUUCCCCUUUCGCUGUCUGCUAAAGUGGUUGGGUCAUUUGCUUAUUUGACUGUAAAAGACAGAUUGCCGAUCAUCCUGAUAAAAGUUAUAGACACAAUACAUCGCAACAAAAACAAGUUUUUUGAAGAAUAUGGAGAGGAAGGUAUCCAGGCAGAGAAGCAAACAAUAUCUCUGCUGUCUAAGCUGAGAAAUGAGCUGCAAACUGACAAACCAAUACUACCAUUGACAGACGGCCUGCAAGACACAGAGUCCUGGAACCAGUACCUGCAGAGACAGCAGGGACUGCAGGGGGACCAGGAGUCUGUCAGCUGGUUUAAGUCUCCAUGGCUUUAUGUGGAGUGCUACAUGUACCGUAGAAUACAGGAGGCACUCUGGCUCAAUCCCCCCGUCAGUGACUACGAUGUCUUUAAUGAGGGAAAGACACAAAGCUUUUUUGAGUCUCAACAGGCUAUAAUGGUCUUGUGUACAUACAUGGAGGGCAUCAACAAGAGCAUGCAAGGGCUGUCUAAGAAUCAGCUGCUUGAACAUUUCAACAAGCUACUGCAGGUUUCUCUGUGGGGGAACAAGUGUGACCUGUCUAUCUCUGCUGGCCAAGAGAACUCACAGAAGAUCAGUCCCAUAGAUUCCCUCAGCAGCCUACAACCCUUCAUCUUGGUGGAUGACUCCAAUAUGGUAUGGUCAACUCUUAUUUCUGCCCAAAGGCCAGGACAGUCAGGGGAAAUGAGUGCAGGCAGAGUGGACAUUGUACUAGACAACGCUGGCUUUGAGUUAGUCACUGACUUGGUCUUAGCAGAUUUCUUGGUUUCCUCCGGCCUUGCACGUGAGAUCCAUUUUCACGGCAAAUGCUACCCGUGGUUUGUCUCUGACGUCACAGCUAACGAUUUUCAGUGGACCAUCCAGCAGACCUUGGCAGCCAAUCACAAGUGGAUGUCCAAGAGUGGUGCCCAGUGGAAGAGCUACCUGAAGGAGGGUGUGUGGUCCUAUCAUGACCAUCCUUUCUGGACACAGCCCCAUGAGUUCUGUGACAUGGCAGCUGAGGCUCCUGACCUGUAUGCGACCCUGCAGGGGGCAGACCUGGCGCUGUUUAAAGGUGAUCUGAACUACAGGAAGCUGACGGGGGACAGGGACUGGGACCACGCAGUUGGCUUUGCUACAGCACUGCGAGGUUUUGGGCCUGCGCCACUGUGUAGCCUGAGGACUCUCAAGGCCAAUGUUCAGGUCGGUCUGCGGCCAGGCCAAGGGGAGAAGCUCGCCUCCCAAGAUCCAGACUGGAUGAUCAGCAGCAAAUACGCUGUCAUUCAGUUCUACAGCCCAAAGUCAGAACAGUAAGACUUAACACAGGAUCUCACUGUGAAGAUGUGGAUUCAUAAUAAUGUUACAGUAAGAACCAUAAGCAGAAGAUACCUUUUAAGCCAUAAGACCAUUAAGUUGAAAGAGUUUGUUGGUGUCUUUGUUCCUCUUCAUCAAUUAGCACAUCCUGUUUGAUACAGAAAUGCACCAUAACCAAAAUUUUACAUUUUUCAGUAUACAUUUGUACAAUCUCAUACUUGCAAGCACUUUUGGAUCUAAAUGUUUUCCCAUGAUUUGAACAGAACAAUCAUUUAUGGUGAGAAAUUUAUCCUCAGAGAUAACAAAUCAAGGUUUUUUUUGGUUUGGUUUUUUUUUUUUGUUAAAUAUCGCAGAUAGCUAAUGUGUUGUGCUCAGUGUUUUAUGUUACAAUGUUUACAGGUUAAUGUGGAUGCUGUUCACAAUAAUUGAGUUGAAAUUGAGUAAGCACUGAGCUUUAUAAAUCUCUGUCCUAGUGGAGCAAUACAUUAGUUUUUGCAUGCAGUUGAGGAGAGUGAAGAAUAAUAUAAUAUGUUAUUUUUAUUUUAAUUCAGCUCAGCUCAGGUUGUUUUACAGUUGCUCUCAGUGUCAUUGAUAUGCAUGCAUGCAUCAAAACAUGCAGACAACUAUUUAAAUUUACCUAAGGCAGAUCAUAACAUCAUUUAAUAACUGUUUUGUUCAGUUUGAAAGAUGGUAGACUGUUAUUGGGGCAGUGUAAGAUUAACAGUGACGACAUGUACUCGUUUUGUUUUAAAUGGCAACCCAAACCUCUGUAUUUUCAUAUAUAAAAGUGAAUUUUUCUGUGCACACAGUUAUGUCAUCUCAAUCCUCAGUGUGAGUUUUAGUACUUCAGAGGUCCCCACUAUUGGGGGAAAUCAUAUCACUUUCAUUAAUGGGUUUGAUUUAAUAAAGAAUUGCAAUGACUGGUUUUCUUUCCCCACUGUUGUACUUUACAAGCAUGAAAAAUGGAAGAUGUAGGUAACAAUGACUUUAUUUUGCAGCAUUUCUCUUUUUAUCCAAAGUGGUGACUUGAUUUACAUUUUAUCUAGUGUGCACAUCCAGACAGUUUAGUAGUCUCUGUCUUUUAUUUACAUAAAUAUUCAGCCAAAUAAUUUGAGCCAAUAGACCUAAAUCUGUGAGCAAAAGCGUCUGUGCACUCUUAAAACAAUUCAUCAGUAUAUCGAUACCAUUAGAUGUUUACCUGGAGUGUGCCAUUUUUCUUUGUUAUUUAAUGGCAGUUGUUGCCAGACCUCUCUUACACUUGGGGUCAGGUUGGACCUAGAAAAACAGCUGGAAAUGCUGCAACAGGUGUAUCACAAUUCCGGAUGGGCUGGUGAAACUGAGCGGCACCAUUUAGGCUGCUGACAUGCUUGGUGAAUGUGGUCUGUAAUGAAAAUGAAGUCAACUAUUGCGCAAAGCAUUCUAUCUUGAGCCAUUUGAGUGAUUUAGCUGUUUCAUUUGUCACCCUUCAUUUUCCUGUUUUCUAAUGUAACAGUGUCUUCAUUUUAUUCCAGGGGAAAUGCAAAAAAAUAUAUAUCAUCAUCAGGGCUACUUGUUUUCCACUUGACCUGACAUGUCCUGAAAAUUGGGCUGUUUACUCAAGAAAGAUGUUGCACAGAGAAGAGAAAAUGAAGCCUCUGUGCCAAAUGUUCGGUUUUCCUCAGCAGUGGUCGUCAAUAAUUUUUGGUGAUCAGAUUUAGCUUUAUUAAUUUCUUGCAUAAUUCACAAUGUGUCUGAGAGUAUUACAUGUAAAUGAGUAGUUGUAAUUAAUAUGUCACCAAUUAGUUUUUGUGCUCUUGUAUCAUUUCAUCUGAAAUAUAUAAUCCCAUUUUACAACUGCUUUAAAUGUGUGAAAAUAAUUCCUACAUUUAUGGUGUGUUGUUAGUUUGAAGCUUUUCAGCUCACAAGGUUGUUUUUUUACCUUGACGUCUGGUCCCAAGGACUAAAAGGAUCCCUGAAAAUCACAAACCUUUUGUGAUUUUCUUUUGUGCUAUAAACAUAAAAAAACAUUAAUUCCCUUUUAACUUUAUUUGCAUAAAUGCUCUGCCCCUUUGCUUCUGUUUGUUUAUGUAUAAUGUUCUUUUUCAUCCUGACUUGACCUGAUAAAGUCAAGUCAGGAUAUUGUCCAUAUUUAACCUGUGCAUAUUGUGGUCCUCUUAUGUAUGCCAUCCUCCUUUCAAUGAAAUUUCACCAUGAAAGUAUGAUUUUCUUUUCUAUUUCUGUCAAUUUCUUUAUAGGGUUUAUCAUAAGAUAAAAAUUAAGUUGUGCAAUGUCUGAUUAAAAUAACCAUGAAUCCCCUCAUUUGGGAUUCAUUGAGUAAUUAUUGGUUGUCAGAAUGAGAUUUGGCCCCCUUCUCUGUUUGCUGUGUUAUGGUGACCUGGCACUUUAACACACUGUGGUUAUUGA